AUGCUGGAAUACCUGCCCUGGAGGAAAAAGGCCGGAGAACCCGCCGCCGCCUCUGCCGUGUUGACCCAUAAUGAGUCUGCGGGGAAGCUGGCCACUGCUGCUACCACAACCCCGACACCGGAAUCCCCCAAACCAGUCCUGUCCCACCACGACGAAGAAUUCCUGAAAAAGACGCUCCAAGACACCGAUGAUCAGCCCGUCGUUAUCCUUGAGGGCUCGGGGGCCAGCACCCCGAUCAUCUCCCCGAGCACCACUGCGCUUGCCCCCGAGACUCCGGCGGCUGUUAUUGCGGGCGUGAAGGGCGGGGGUAGGAGGAGGAAGGAGAAGGAGGAGAGGGCAGCCGAGUGGAGGGAGGGGAUCAGAAAUCGGUGGGAGGGGCUGAGGAGGUCUGCAUCUAGCGCUGUCGAUAAGGGGAGGGGGAAGGGGAAGGCGGAGGAGGGGGAUACUGAGGGGAAGGGAAAGGGGAAGGAGAGGGAGAGGGUGGAGGAAAGUUUGGAGGUCAGGGAAGGUUUGUUGCUUCUCCGUAACGGGGGCGAUGGGCGGGUAUUGAUUUGUGGAUCGCAGAGGAGAAGAAUGAGGAGGAGGACGAAUUGAGGAGGGUGCUGGAUGGCUUGAAUCUUGCCGCGGAGGGUGUACGUUUCCCCUCUUCUUCCUCAAACAAUCUGUUCCUUCUAACGAUAUACGCCACGAUGCCAGGGCCGUGCCUUCUCCAUCUCCCCCGCAACAGCCCAACUUCUCGAUCGCUUCACGCAAAUCCUCAAGGACCUUGCCAACGGCGUUCCAACAGCAUACAAUGAUCUCGUAGAGGUAAUUCCUUUCUUGUUUCCCCGAUUCAUGCGUAGAUCGCGAACCAUGCUAGACGAGUACAGCUUUUUACGGUUACAAUCUUUCUCGUUUAACUUUCCUUUGGCUAUGUGAUGGACUAAAGCUAACCCCCCCCCACCCAGCUCCUCGAAAGCUCUUCCAAAACCUUGGAGGAAACAUUCAAUUCCCUGCCCAGCUUCCUGCAAAAGAUGAUAAAGACAUUCCCAAAGAAGAUGCAAGCUAACUCGAUGCCUGACCUCCUUCGUAUAUUCCCCCCCCCCACGCCCCGUGAACCAUCAGUCUGACAAAAACUAUCAAGGCACUGCAGCACCCGCAGCCCCCAUCACUGCCGCAGGGGCGGAGAAGCUAUCUUCGAUCCCAAAUCUCCGGGAGAUUGUUACAAAGCCGGGAUUGCUGAUGGGAAUGCUAAAGAGUGUUAUCAACUUGCUCAAGACUAGGUUUCCGAUGGCCCUUGGGGGCGCGAAUCUGGCGAUUAGUAUGGGGCUGUUUGGUGAGCAUAUAGAUCUUUCGCAGCUCGGGGUUGAAGGGGGUAGGGGUAGGGCUGACGGAAGUGUCAUAGUUGUCCUGUUUGUCCUCUGGUAUUGCCAUAAGCGUGGCAGGGAGGAGAGGCUUGAGAGGGAGAGGCUCGCGGCUGAGGCGCUAGCCGGGGGUGAGGAGGCAGCGACGGGAUCGGUGCCGACGAUGGUUGCGCAAGCAGAGGAGAAGUGA